GGUCUAGGUUUACUGCUGAGCUACAUGCUGCUGCUGUGUUGUCUUGGUUAAUCUCUUCACUGCAGGUGGGGCACAGAGGAGGAAGAGGGGAGGUGACGAGGCAAGAAAGAGGCCGGCUGGCCAAAAAAACAACUCUGCAUUGACAGAGAGAUUAAAUAUGCUGCCAUAAACUAGGAUAAUUUAUUGGUUUUCACCACGCAUACAGACAUCAUUAUGGGCCAGCUGUUGUCAUCAGAAGAAGAGAUUGCUCAAGUGAAGGAUGCAAUUGGUUCUCUCCUCUACGACGCCAUGUUGGAAGGCGGUGCCAUACCUGACCUCGGAGUCGUCCACCCUCUCCUCCUAGCCAAUAACGAUGAGGGCUCUGACUCCCCGGCCAGCCUCCAGGAACAACUGCAACAGCUGAAGGGCGACAUUGAGAACAGGGCGCCGACCUACCUGAGGGAUCUGAUCGGCCGAUUGUCAAGCUUCUCAGAUGAGCCCCGCCUGGCCGGCCUGGUGGGAUUAGUGGUUACUAUGGUGAUGGACAUGGCCUACACAUCAUCAAAGCAGUCAUCAGGUGUGAAAGGGAAGUCAGCGGGGUCAUCAUCAUGCCAGCAGAGAGUCUCGGAGCUCCAGGAGGUGAUGGAGGAGUACCUGAAGCGCUGUAGGAUCAACCUAAGUGACAAAAGCAGGCUGAUCCAGGACUCCAUCAGACUUGAGGCCCAGCUUAGCCUCAUCCUUACACAGCUGAAGGCCUGUCUGCUGGGGGGAGACUGUGACUCCAGGUCUCUGAGACACUGGGCCAGUGGAGCGGCAUUUGACACCCAGGUGUUGGGUCACCUAGCUGGUCUUGAGGGUCAGGCAGAGCCUCUGGCUGCAAGGGCAGCACUGGAGCAAUACAAGGAAGAUCUCGCACAGAUUAUACCUGCUUACAGGCGUUAUAAGACCAGUACUGUGUGUGUUGGGAAAUGUCGAGGGGGUCUUCUAGCAUCAUGUGACACCUCCAGCGAGGUGCCAGAGGAGGGAUCCAUGACGGGACUCACUGUGACAGACAGAGAGACCGGAAAGAGUGUGACCAUCCCUCUAUCUGCCAUGGAGAUAGAGACAGGGAGAAGAAGGACGGUCUCUGGUCCUGAUACCACCUGCGCACCUGUGUCCUCCGACAUUAACCUGGACCUGAUCACCUCGGAUCAGUAUGCCGAGGCAUACCUUGACCAUCUGUUCUCUGACAAGGGACCUGUGGCAGAGCUGAAGAACUACUUUGUCAAGGCUAGUGACAGUCUGAGAACGCUAAGAUCUGAACCAGGAUGUACAAACAAGACAGGGUUGAGAAGUGGAACAGAACAAAGCGAUGGAAUGCAUCUUGAAGACCGAGCAGAGGGUGUAAAUGGAAAACAAAUAAUGGACAGGGGCAAAGGUGAUAAACAGGGAAAGACGGAAAGGAGAGGAAGACGAGAAGAGGUGGAGGAAAGCGAGCAGAGAGAGGAAAGUUUGAAACUGAGUAUCGUGGAAACGCAGCCGGAUGAGAGCCUUGAUCAUAGCCUUCACAGUGCAACAAGUACAUGAAAGCCAUGACAGCAGCAGCAAUCAUAAGAUGUUGGUCGUUUGUUGAAGAGAAACAUUAAACUAAACUCAGAAACAUGAAA